AAUUUGAACACUUAAGCACUGGGACCCAGUCACCCAAUUACUGACAUCAGAAAUAGGUCAGUUGCCCAUUUUAGAUGUGGUACCCAGCUGGAGUAAAGACAGAAACAUAUUUUCACUUCAAGCUGCCCAUCUGAAAGAUGGCUGGAAAAAAAUGUUACUUACCAUAAUUACAAGCUCAUUAACAUCAGCUGCAUGUCUAAGCACUCCCUAGACCCCCACCUCUCAGCUUUGGGCCAAAUUCAGUUAUACAGCCUGCCAGCUGGCAGCUUCAACUUCGUUAUGUGUAGACUGGUUCUCCAUUCAGUCAUAAAAGCAGUCACAGAGCCUACGGGUGAGAAAAAUCUAUUAUUCCAGUCCCUUCCUAUCUGACGGCAGAGGGAAAAGAGAUGAAGCUGAUGGAAAAGGGAGAUUGAUAUGGAAGAUAAAAAAAAAAAAGCAAAGGCAAUAAGAGGAAAGAGAAACUGCAGAUCAGUGGAGAAAAAAGCAGGAAAGUGAAGUGUGACCAGACUGGGCAGCAGAUACUGCUGCUGUAUAUACAGCCACAAUAUGAUGGCAGUCAUUUACUCUGAAGCUCCCAUUUGUUUCUGGGGCUGAGCUGUCAGCAGCUGCAGCCACUUAAAUCGUGGAGCAAGCUACUGGUUUCAGCUGCUGUGGAGACUUCACUUGCCUUGGUUUUUCAAUUAAUUCAAAUAUAAUGCAUUUAGGGUGAAGCCUCUUCUUGUUCACUGUGCAAACAGGACUCUGGUAUCAAGGAGGGGAACAACUGUGCAAGCUCAGGAAGAGGGAAGGAACGAUGAACUAAGGUUCCGUGUUUAAAAGGGACAGAGAACGAUGGUAAAAUGGUGCUGCUGGGCUCUUUUCUGUGGGAAAGAUGGGAGCUGAAAUAGAUGUGGAGAGACUUGUAUCUUCAUCCUACACUGAGGUACACAGGCCUAGCUCUGCAGGAAAUGAAUUUUUGUUCCCAUGCAAAGUGAUCAAAACCAGUAGCAAAAUCAACCCCCAAACAAUCUCUUUUCCUUGUGCUAGUGCAAAAAACUUGCAGUUCCUAGAAAAUGAAACCUCUGCAGCACCUGGAGAAAACUGCAGGGUUUAGCAGGGGUGCUGAGGAGCCAUUUUGUGUCAACCUUCCACUUUGUGUGAGGAUGCUGACAGCUGCUUCUGUAAGACACAACUUUAGAAAGGGGGAGAGGGCCUAGCAAUCUACCCGCAGUGCAGGAGGGAAGCUGGGAUUUAGUUUUUAUUGGCCUGAAGGUGAUGAGGGUGACAACAGUACUAAAGAAGAAUCACCUCCAAGUAGAGCAGUGAUGUCCCUUUGGCUAUCGGUAAAUACCCAUGAUUCAAAGCAGUCUGAUAAAUGUUCGGACUACAUUGAGAGACUAGCACACAAAUACAUGCAAAAUUGCACCGUGGAGUCCAGUACGGAGUCAGAAUCUGAGACCAAUUCCGAGGAUCUGCCUGGCUUACUUCCUAAAGGAUUCUCCAAGAAAACAAAGGGUACAAAACUCCAGUUUUUAGAUCCUUAUGAUGGUGAUUCAGAAGAUGCAUCAAGUCAUUCAGACUGUAGCUUGAAUUCUCUUAAUGCUGUUAACUUCAGCAGAGCUGUGGCCUACCAUAUACCAGAGGUGAUGGCUUUGAAAGGUAUUGACCCUUCGGAAGAUAAUGUAUCCCUCCAUACAUCUUCAAAUUGGGGUGGUCCAAUAAAAGAAACCCACAGUGAUGUUUACAUGGAAACAGAAAAUGACUGUAAAACAUCAGUGGAAACUCUUGGGAAAGAGAAGGAUCUUCCAGUACGACUUGUAGGAUCAACUGAACAAUUCAGAACCACUGGAGCAAUUGCUUCAACAUUCCUGUUGCCUGACCAUUCAUUACUCACAAGGCCUGAUCCUUCAACAUAUGCUGGUCUUGUAAAAAGCCCAGUCACCAUGACACCGCAAACCAUACUAGUGGCAUCUGAUAGAGUCCAUACAGUGUGUGAACAGGCAAUCAAGAGAAAGCAAGAGCUUCCAAUAUUAGAGGGCAGCAGUGAAAAACUACGAAGAAAGAAACUGCGUAUGACCUAACCUAAAGUACCAGACAGACUAAUUAUGAUCUGGAAAUCACCAAAACACUUUCUCUGUCCAAGUUUAAGCUACAGUGAACAAAUUCAGUUUUAAUAGGACUAGGAGUAUGCUGUGGUGGAAGAGCAAAAAGUGCAGUCACCCCUUUAGCUGCGCUGUGUGGAAAUACCCGAGCUAACCAUGGAAGGAGCUGGGCAAUACUUGGGCAGUUAACGCAAAGCUCAGCACAUGCUGCUGCCUCUACACUCUAAUUGAUAUUUGAGUUACUGUAGGUUAAAGCUAAUCUGGUUUGGCCUAUACCCUGUGGCAGCUGCACCUCAACUAUAGUGCACCCUGUUCAAAUUACUGUUUUGGUUUAAACAAACAGUUAAGGAUGUAUAAUAAAUGAGUGCAGAAUUA